GCCAGAACUGCUCUUGGUGCGAAACCAUGCCUAACGCGUGCGUCUGCACGUCGCCCACGAAGCCGGCAACCGUCUGCGUGGGAUCGAGGUGCAGCCGGAUCGGGACGAUCACCAUGCUCCCCGGGCCCGAGACGGAGACAGAGGCGGCGAAGCAGAUGUCGUCCGACUCACAAUACCGCCCAAGUACAAUCGCCCACGCCGCCCGCACUAUGAUUGCAUUAUCCACCGACGAGGAUGAGGACGAGUCUGGCGGUGGGAGGACAAUGUUCUUCGCCAGCGAUCGGGAGACUUCACGGACAACUGCUUCGAGCACCGCUUCGAGCACUGCUUCAAGCACCGCUCCAGGCUCACCAGAAAUCGCUGCAGAUGCCACCUCGCCAGGCGACUUUGGCAGGAAAGACAACGAAUACAUCAGUGGCUUCGAGCUCUACGUCGCCCUCUUCAGCGUCAUCUCUGUCUUCAGCCUCGUCCUUCUAGACUUUAGCAUCAUCUCUACGGUGAGUACGGAUAACCUACAAGCUGUCACGCCAGCCCAGAGCCCGAGCGUAAUCGCCUUCAUGCUAUUCGUGGACAACCUAUCGGCGGCCAUCUUCACCAUCGUGGGUAAUGCCAUCUUUACGCAGACCCUGAGACGGCAAGUCUCCGUCCGGGCACCGUCGGUGAGUCCUAAGGCGGUUCUUACAGUGGGCGGAAGCGCGGAAGCAGUGCGGGCCCUACUGCCUCCCGGAAGUCCGGAGCUCUACGGUUUGCUGCUCGCAUUUUCGGAGAGCGUCAACGCCGUCUUCUACCUGUUGUCGGCACUCGCCGCCGUGUCUUUCACCGCUGCGUGGGGGAUGGGGUGGGUGGACAUUCGAAAGGAGGCGCCGGUGGAGAAUAGGGCAUGA